AUUUAAAACGCUUUGGAUUCCCCGGGCCUGGGUGGGGAGAGCGAGCCGGGUGCCCCUAGAACCCCCCACUCUCAGCACCCCAUGAGCCGACCCUCGGCCUCAUGGAGCCGGGCAAUUAUGCCACCUUGGACGGGGCCAAGGAUAUCGAAGGCUUGCUGGGAGCGGGAGGGAGUCGGAAUCUGGUCGCCCACUCCCCACUGACCAGCCACCCAGCCGCGGCGCCGACGCUGAUGCCAGCUGUCAACUAUUCCCCCUUGGAUCUGCCGGGCUCUGCGGAACCACCAAAGCAGUGCCACCCGUGUCCUGGGGUGCCCCAGGGGGCGUCCCCAGCUCCGGUGCCUUAUGGCUACUUUGGAGGCGGGUACUACUCCUGCCGAUUGUCCCGCAGCUCUCUGAAACCCUGUGCCCAGGCAGCCACCCUGGCCGCCUACCCCGCGGAGACUCCCGGCGCCGGGGAGGAGUACCCCAGCCGACACCCAGAGUUUGCCUUUUACCCGGGGUACCCGGGACCCUACCAGCCUAUGGCCAGUUAUUUAGAUGUGUCAGUGGUGCAGACUCUGGGCACCCCUGGGGAGCCUCGCCACGACGCCCUGAUGCCGGUGGAGAGUUACCAGCCCUGGGCCCUCACUGGUGGCUGGAACAGCCAGAUGUGUUGCCAGGGAGAACAGAAUCCACCGGGUUCCUUCUGGAAGACGGCAUUUACAGACUCAAGCGCUCAGCACCCUCCAGAAGGCUGCACCUUCCACCGAGGCCGCAAGAAGCGCAUACCCUACAGCAAGGGGCAGUUGCGUGAGCUGGAGCGAGAAUAUUCAGCCAACAAGUUCAUCACCAAGGACAAGAGGCGCAAGAUCUCAGCAGCCACCAGCCUCUCAGAGCGCCAGAUUACCAUCUGGUUUCAGAAUCGCAGGGUCAAGGAGAAGAAGGUCCUUGCCAAGGUCAAGACUAAUGCUACUCCGUGAGGAAGCUCCCUGGCUGGGGAGGUGGGGGGAAGGUGUGUGGUAUCCUGCGGAGGCCAGGAACUUGCCAGGGACAGGCUGGGGCCCAGGACUCUGCUGAGGGGCCCCCAGAGUGACACUUUUUUCAGGCCAUGGCUCCUGUGCUGUUUCUC